AUGCACGGGCAUGCAGAGCCUGUAAUUCCACUCACAGUGACAGUAAAGCUACGUGGCUGCAAAACUGGACAUAACAAAGGCAUAUGACAGGGUCAAAUGGGGCUUCAUUAAAGCCAUCGUGCUAAAACUGGGAUACCACGAGAAAUGGGUGAAUCUAAUAAUGGAGUGUGUCACGUCUGUGACCUACUCAGCAUUGAUAAAUGGACAUAAAUCAGAGUUGAUCAAACCUACUAGGGGGUUAAGACAAGGUAAUAUCACCCUAUCUGUUCCUUUUGUGUGUAGAGGUUCUCUCGGCAAUAACAAAAAAAGAAGUGGAUGGAGGGAGAAUACAGGGCAUUAGAGUCAGCAGAAGUGGACCAAUGAUCUCUCACCUCUUCUUUGCUGAUGACAACUUGUUCUUCUUUCAAAACAAGAAGUCAGAAGGAGAGGCACUUAAAAGAAUUCUAAGGAGCUAUGAGGAGGCGUCAGGUCAACAGGUGAGUCUAGCGAAGUCAGAACUGUCAUUUAGUGGGAAUGUGGAAGAAGAGGAGAAACAGGAGAUGGUAGGCAUACUAGGAAUGAAGACAGUUAUGCAACACGAUAAGUAUCUAGGGCUCCCAACCCUUAUAGGAAGAGCUAAGAAAGCUGUUUCACACAACUGAUAGACAAGGUGAGAAAAAAGAUCAAAAUGUGGAACAGCAAGACUCUUUCAGGUGCAGCAAAGGAUUCCUUAUUAAAGGCAUAGCACAAGCACAAACACUCUAUGCUAUGUCUAUCUUUCUUAUUCCCCAAGGGGUAAUUCACGAGAUUAAUAGUCUGAUAGCAGGAUUCUGGUGGGGAAGAAAGAAGGAAGAGAGACGCAUCCAUUGGCAAAGUUGGGAGAAACUCUACAGGACUAAAGUAGAAGGCGGAAUGGGGUUCAGGGAUUUGCACGACUUCAAUCUGGCACUAUUAGGGAACCAAGUGUGCAACCUAAUGACGAAACAAGACACCCUGGUUGCUAAGGUCCUCGGAGCUAAGUACUACCCGAAUUGUGACAUACUGGAAGUUGAAUUGGGAAGCAACCCUAGCUACACAUGGAGAAGCAUACACACUGCUAUCCCAGUGGUAAGAGAGGGAGUAAGGUGGCGCAUAGGAAAUGGGGAGCAAGUAAGGAUUUGGUGGGAUAAAUGAAGUACCUUGUUCAGCUCCUUCUCCAACGCUCGCCUUUGCAGUAAAACAACCAUAUUCUUUUUCUGCUUUGCAAUUAUUGCUAGAGCACGUUCAAUCUUCCUUCUCCUUUUCUUGAGGUUGCCGAAAGUAUUUCUGCUCCACUCGAUCAAUCUCUUCUCAGACUCCUUUAUCCUUUCUUCCAAUGAUCUGCUAGGGUCUUUUCCCCAAACUUCAGCUAUAACUGUUCCGCAGUCUUCAUGUUUCUGCCAGUAGGUUCGAAUUUGAAAUGCCACCCCCAACGUAUUUUCUCUUCUUGCAAGUUCAGUUCCAGCAGAAUAGGUAGAUGGUCAGAUGUCCAUCGCUCUAGGUGAUACACUCUCGCCUCAGGAAACUUAUCUUUCCAACUUUCGUUCGCCACCAUUAUAUCUAACCUUUCUUCCAGAAAAUCUUCCUCCACCCUUCCAUUAUCCCAUGUGAAGGGAUACCCAAAGUACCCUAGGUCUUCCAGGUGGCAUUCAUCCAGGGUGAUUUGGAAUUCCUCCAUGUUUCUCGUAUCUGGCGGGUUGAUUCCAUUUUCUCUUCAUACCCAAGUACCUGGUUAAAAUCUCCACACAGCAGCCACGCCAUGUUCUCGCGUUCACUUAGCUGUCUUAGCAUUUCCCAAGUUUGAAAUUUCUGGUCCCCCUCAGGCCAACCAUAGACACCCGUAAGUCGCCAUGGUUCUGAAGUUCCUUCCUCAUAAAUCCAAGCAUCAAUGUCUUUAGUUGAGUAUUUUCUAAUUUAAGAAUCAUAUAAUUUUUAUUAAUUAUUAUUUAUUUACUUUAUUUUUUAAAAGAGAACACCCCUAUGUAAAAUUUCUGGAUCCGCCACUGAAUGGGGUUGUGGUUCAUUUGGAAAGAGAGGAACAAUCAUCUCUUUCAACAAUAACAAGUUGGAGGAGUGGGAGAUAGUGGCGAAGUCACAGGAUUACCUGGAGGAAUACUUGUCGAUCCAGAGCUCGGAGAAGCCAACCCGGCAGCCGCAAGCCCGGUACAAAUGGGAAGCACCGCCAACAGGAACAUGGAAAUUGAAUGUAGAUCAAUAUUAUCUCUAAUUAUUAUUCCGAAAUUCAAGUGAAUUAUAACAAAAUGUCAUAAUAUUU